AUGGAGCGACAACGACUGCAAGAUAUGUCUAUUGGUGAGCUUCAGGAAGAAGCCCGCAAAUAUGGGCUAAAUCCUCCGGGUGAUUCGGCGCGUUGUAUAGACUUGAUCAUGUCUCAUUUGGAAAAACAUGGCCCGACUGAUCUUUUAGAUCAAAAAAGAGAAACGCGUGCUGCCGCUAAAAGUAAGACGGUGCAAUCAACAAGCGCUGCGACGACAGGAUCAUCCGAUCUCGCUCAAAUCUGUGCCUUGAUGGCAGAGCAGAUGCGAGUUCAACAGCAAGAGUCACGGGAACGGCAAGAAUUUCAAAAAAAGCAGAUGCGAGUUCAACAACAAGAGUCACGGGAACGGCUAGAAUUUCAACGAAAGCAGGCUCGUAGCCAACAGGAGCAGCAGCGUCAAAGUCAGUUAAUGAUGCAGCAAAUGUUAGAAUUGGUGAAUUUGUCUCGUGAGGACUCUCAAAGUAGAAUGCGUGAUUUCUUGAGUAGUGACAAUGGUGUACCAGUGACUUUAGGUGCUUCGGUUAUCCGUCGCCAGCCGAUUUCGUCGGUGGCAACCGCACACGCAGUUAAGAUGCUGACCGGUCAAAUUCCAGAGUUUGCUGGAACGGACGAAGACAAUGUGAAAAUUUGGAUUCAAACUGGAGAACGUAUUGCUCAAAUCCAUGCAGUUACGGAAGACGUGUUACUUUGGCAGUUUCUAGAAGAUUAG